AUGCCCAUAUCUGGAAGGGAAACCUUGGAGCAGGCGCCAGCGCCCCCUGCGCCCCGCAAUCCCUACCCUCUGCGUGGCGAUAGCUGCUCAAGCCGCCAGGGGGCGCCCCCGGGCCGCGGGGCGCUUCGGUCCCCCGACUCCCUCAGUUUCCCUACCCUCCUGCACCCAAAGGGAGAAAGCCUCGCGCCGCCUCUCAAACGUAGCGUCACCUCCAACAAGACACUAGCCCCGCGGCUCGGCGGUACCGGGUGGCCACACGUCUAUACCCCAACUUCCAAAGAGAAGCCCCUCCCUAUGUGCGCACACCGACUCGCGCACCCCUGCAGCCCUGGGUGUUCACUCCCCGCCGCCCGACUGCCAUCCAGCCCCGGGACCCAGACUGCGGUCCCCACCUGCGGCCGCGGGCAGCGGGGCCAAGCGCGGCCUGCAGCCCCUCCGAUCCCUGGGCACCUCGGCGGGCACUCGCCGCCCACCCGCUCUGCGACCGGCCGAAGCUGCCGGCCCGCGAGCGAUACCCCCCGAAAAAAAAACAGGGCUGGGUGCCCUCCAGGUCAUCCUCGCCCACCCAUUUCCGGAGGAGACCCUGGCAGGGGGGCGACGGUGGGGCGGGAGCAACGAGCGCAGGGCCCCACCAAACCUCUGCGGGCUGCUCCCCUCCUCCCCCGUCUGGGCGCAGCGCUGGCCCCACCCGGUGGGCGAGGGGGUCUCCCCCGCCUCGCCGUGACGCACUCUACCCCCGGCCAGUCUACGUCUGGCUCACUUUCGGUACAACGCGGCGAUUCUCACCCCUGCAGCCCCCAUCCAACGUGGGGGGGCGGUGGUGUCUGGCAAAAGGUCCUUCUGCUCCCCAGGGGCCCUCAGUCCCCGCUGGUGUCGCUGACUCUGUUCCCCUUGUUAGAUUCGCUUCGUCCAGGCUACCGCAGCCCCCACGCCCCGGCUCUGCAUCAGCCCAGGAUCCUCCACCGCAGAGAGAGAGAGAGGGAGAGAGAGAGAAACCGUCUCUACUCUGCUCCGGGAGCCCGCCCGGGACCGGAGAUCUUCAAAAGUAACCAGAGCCCGCUUUUUAAAAAAGUAACCAUUUCGCUUCCUGCCCGUCCUACCCUCGGCGAAGCGCAGGGGACCGGCUGCCCGGCUCGCGAUGCCAGCCCAGCUCGGUUCUCCGCUCCAGUCCGCAGGAGGCGCCUGCCGAACCUGAUCUCGCCGCCGCCUUCUUUCCAGGAACUGUCACUGCUGACCUGCCAGGUCUCCACGAGGUCCCGCUAG